AUUAUUUUUUGCAUUUAUUAGUAGAAUAAGUAAAUAAUAGCAACAUAAAUUAAAACAUUAUUAAAAAUAAGAACAAAAUGACAGAUUUUCAAUGGCCCUGGGAAUAUACAUUUCCACCAUUUUUUACACUACAACCCCACGAAGAGACACGCCAACAGCAGCUUAAAGUCUGGUGUGAUUUAUUUCUAAAAUACCUCAAACAUCUUAACAAAUUCAGCGUUAACAUACACGAAAACACAUUUCCUUUGUUUUUCAAUGAGUCCCUGAAUCGACGUUUAUCACCCGAGAUGAUAGUACAGAUUUUGGAACAACUACAAAAUACCAGACAUGCCCAUCCAUUGGAUAAGAAACGUCAUGAAUGGCAGGUGUAUUGGCAUACGUUAGAUGAGUAUGGUAAUAUGAUUUAUGACUGGAUACAGGAGACGGGACAAACUAAUAGUGUUUGUACACUAUAUGAAAUUAGCCAUGGUGAGAGUUCGGAGGGUAAAAGUUUUUAUAAUAUUGACGAAUCUGUAUUACUAAGUGUAUUACGGCAAAUGGAGGAAAAGGGUCGCUGUGAGAUAAUAGAAAUGGAUGGUAGUUAUGGUGUUAAGUUUUUCUAGGUUGUUUUUUUAAUAAAAAUAAAAGAUACCCUUCAAAA